AGUAUUUUAUAAAAUAUUUUGUUUAAAAAUUAUUUUAUAAUUCAGAAAAAAAUAAAAAUAGUAUUGUCAAAAACGUUAUUUAACAUGAAUUUUAUGCCGUCAUUGUUAUAUUUUCUCUUUAUUUUUUGUUAAAUUGCUUUUUUAAAAAUUAAAAUUAUGUUUUUUUUUUAAAUAAGCCUGACCUUCGGACAAAAAUCUUAUAAAAUCUUCUAAAAAGGCUGUGCUAAAACCCUGGUUCCAAGCAACUGAAGAAACCUGUAAAGCUUCAAACUUCGAAACUUCACCACUUGGCAAUGUCGCUUCUUUUUCUACGUCCAAAAAUCGUUCCUUUUUUCACAGCAACUCAGUCCCUUCGUCUCUUAUCAUCAAAACCCAAUAAUCUUAACAGAAGAUUGAUCUUUUCAAAGCAGCCACUUCCUUCAUUUUUCUUCUCCACAACAUCAACUCCUUACCCUCUCCAAUAUGACAUGAUCAUCAACACCCCAACACAGUCCCAACCCCCUCCUCGCCGCCGACUCAGUCAACCAGACUCACCCAACUCACCUGAGGAAGAGAACCCAGAAAAAGAAUUGGGUUUUGAUUCAUGGGUAGAAAAGAAACUCACUUUGGAUGAUGAAAUGGAUAAGUCUAAGAGGAAAUAUUAUAGAAAGAGGAGGAAAAGAAUGUAUGGGUCAGAUUCUGAAGAUGAUGAAAAGGGGAAAAAUGAAGAUGGGUUUGUUGAAUUGAAGCCUAAAGUUGUGGAAUUUGAUAGGUUACAUGAGAGGGAAGAAGAGCUUUAUUUUUAUGAUACAUUUGCAUAUCCUUGGGAAAAAGAUAAGCAUUAUAAAAUGGUUUAUCAAUUGGAAAAGAAGUAUUUUCCUGAUCAGUGUUUUGAUAAGGCUUUUCUUGAACCUGGAGAAUCAAAUGAGAAAAUCAAAGUUAAGGGAAAGAGUAAAAGACCUGGUGAUAAUAAGGACGUGGACAAAGGGUUGGUGUUUUUUGAGGAAGAGGGAAAUUCAGAUAAGGAUGUGAAAAAGGAGGUUACUGAGAAGAAGGUGGAGGACUUUUUUAAGUGUUUGAAGAAAGUUCCCAGUAAGGAUACCGAGGUUAGUGGUGGGGAGCCUUACCUUGUUAGUAGGAGUACUGAGCUUCCCCCGCGAUGGGAUGGUCCAUAUGGUACGGUAGUUUUGGUGAAUAAGCCCAAAGGAUGGACCUCAUUUACAGUUUGUGGCAAGCUGCGUCGCUUAGUCAAAGUGAAAAGGGUAGGGCAUGCUGGAACACUUGAUCCUAUGGCAACUGGUCUAUUGAUUUUAUGUGUUGGUAAAGCCACUAAGUUGGUAGAAAGAUAUCAAGGAAUGGCAAAGGGAUAUAGUGGAGUUUUCCGCUUAGGGGAGGCUACCUCAACUUGGGAUGCUGAUUCACCGGUUAUUCAACGUGAGCCUUGGGAGCAUAUCAAAGAUGAAGACAUAAAGAAAACUGCCGCAUCCUUCUGUGGCGAGAUAUGGCAAGUUCCUCCAAUGUUCUCUGCCAUCAAGGUUGGAGGUGAAAAGAUGUAUGAAAAGGCAAGAAGAGGAGAGAAUGUUGAACUUUCACCCAGACGAAUUUCAAUUUUCCAAUUUGACAUUGAGCGAAGCUUAGAAGACAGACAAAACUUGAUUUUCCGCGUCACAUGUUCAAAAGGAACAUAUAUCCGAUCAUUAUGUGCAGAUUUUGGGAAAGCUUUGGGCUGUUGUGCUCAUUUGACUGCUCUGCGAAGAGAUUCAAUUGGACAAUAUUCCGCGGAUGAUGCAUGGGAGUUCAAGGAGCUAGAAGAAGCAAUCACUAAAGGUUAUCUCUAACUGCUUUCUGCAUCUUGAAACCUUCUGUGUCGUAACACUGAUGAUCAAUCAGGACAGAAAGCACCAAUCUCUGUGCAUUUGAUAUAUUGAACUCUUUCUCACCAUUAUUGGUUUGUAACAACUAAAAAUGUAAUAGCAUUCAGUUUUUGGCUAGUUCUAACAGGUAAUUUUCAAGAUUGUAAAGAUUUUUCAGUUUACAAGGCAUAUCUUUCUUUCCAUAGGUGACUUUCUCAUAUGAAUGC